GGCACUCCGCCGUCUAUGGCAUCGCGCUCCACGCUCUUCGGCCAGCGGGCCUUCGCCGACCGCCGGGUGCCGAUGCCGACGACGCUGUUGCAACCUAAUUCCAAUUCCAUGUCGAGUAUGGGCAACCUGUCUCGGUUCAACGCGGGCAACAACUACCACUCGGUGUUCGGCGAGGGCGGCGACACGUCCACGCCGCCGCUGCUGGACCUCAGCGAGUUCCCCUCGCUCACGGCGCGCGGCGCCGGCGACCAGGCGCCCACGGCCGCGCCGCCGCCGCCCGGCUCUAAACCCUACGUGGGUAUGGUGAAGCAGCCGACAUCCGAGCAGUCUGAGUUCACGAUGUCCUCAGAGGACUUCCCCGCGCUACCCGGCACGUCGACCGGCGCCGCGCCGGCGCCGGCGCCCGGUCCGCCGCCGCUCGCGCCGCAUCCGCCGCCAGACUACGGCGACAAGCCGCGGAAGGGCAUACAGACGUCGCCUGACGGCAAAGUAACGAAUAUACCAGAGACAAUGAUACCGAAUCAGUUUGGUAUUGUGGGACUAUUGACGUUUAUUCGCGCAGCGGAGUCUGACCCCAGUCUAGUGUCACUGGCACUAGGUCAAGAUCUCACGGCGCUCGGAUUGAAUCUAAACUCACCUGACAAUCUUUAUCUCACCUUCGCUGGACCCUGGGCGGAUACGCCUUGUAGACCACAAGAUAUGGACUACCACGUACCCCCCGAAUACCUGAUAAAUGGCUCCAUCAGAGAAAAACUGGCGCCGCUACGACUGAGUCGAUAUAAGGAAGAUCUAUUGUUUUACUUGUUCUACUGCUUCGUUGGCGACGUGUUACAAAUCGCAGCUGCAGCUGAGCUGUACAACCGCGAGUGGCGGUAUCACAUGGAGGAGAAGGUGUGGAUCUCGCAAGCGCCCGGCAUGCCCAUGGUCGAGAAGACCUCCACGUACGAGCGCGGCACCUACUACUUCUUCGAUGCGCACAACUGGCGCAAGGUGGCGAAGGAAUUCCACCUGGACUACAGCAAGCUGGAGGGCCGGCCGCAGCUGCCGCCGCACGUGCUCACGUAGCGUCCCCGCGCCGCGCGCCACACACCUAAUGUAGUUUUGUUAUAUAAAAAGUACAAGUUUAAAAAAUGAA